AUCCAAAAUUAUCAUUGUCAGUCAUCACUCAGCAGUCAGCUUUGCCAGGCGCCAAUCACCACCACAAGUCACAACCACCUAUCCUCGGAGGCGCACUUAGUCAAUAAUUACCACCUCCUCUUCUCUUCCUCCAGUACUCGAAAAACUAAUAAGCAAAGGAAAAGAAUAUCACAGUACGGCGAACACAGAAACGCGCCUGGAAAAUGACCGCCCCGGCUGAGUUCUUCCUGCUUUCCGACGACCUACUCCUCAAAAUCCUGUUCAAGCUUCAAGACGACCCUCGCAAUUGGGCCCGCCUCGCCUGCGUCUGCUCCAAGUUCUCCUCUCUUCUCCGCAACGCCUGCUGGAAAUCCAAAUGCAAAGCCACCAUCCCCGCCGUCGUCGCCGAUCUCCUACCCUCUCCCGAUUCCGCUGUCCCCGGCGGCUGGUCUGCGCUCCACAAGCUCGCCGUCUGCUGUCCCGGCCUCCUGCACUCCGGCGUGCUCCUUGAACACUCCGAUUUCGGCCUCGAUCUGGAACUCGGCCCGGAUGAGAAUUUCCCCAGGCCUUCCUCAUAUUUAUCGCUACCCAAGGGCCGGCCACCUCCGCCUCCGCCUUCCCAAUCCUCUUCCGAUGCCAAUUUGGACGUCGCCGAUUGCUCUUGGUCGUUAUUCGACGAUCUGUAUCACGAUGCGGUGUACAGCGUAGAUGAAUCAUCUGAAGGUCCUUCGGAUGCGACCCCAGAGGUCGGCGUCGGCGGCGGCGCCACUGUUAAGGUUGGAACAGAUGCCCCCGUUCGCAAGCGGCGGAAAAUCUGCAGAUCUAUGAGGUCUCAUUUGGCUUCGGGCGUCUGGAACCUAAGCCGCGAGCAAGGGAAUAAGCUGCUCGCCAGCAGAUUCCGAGGGGAUUGUCUCUACAUCUGCGAUUGGCCAGGCUGUGUUCACAUCGAGGAGAAGAGGAACUACAUGCUGUUCAGAGGUAUCUUCAAGGACUUCAAGCGAUCUAGGGUCUGGAGGACGAUAAACGAUGGCAACAGGAGGAAGAUCGAUCUUGAUUGCGCCUUCUGCGAGUGUAGGCAGACCUGGGAUCUCCAUUCUGCGUUCUGCUUGAGGAGGGUUUAUGGGUUCCAUGACGACGGCGAGCCUGUUGUUCGAGCUUAUGUCUGUGAGAAUGGCCAUGUUUCUGGCGCCUGGACCGACUUGCCGUUGUAUACUUGACUGAGGAUGAUUGGUAGCAUCCCUCAGCGGUUGUUUAGUUUUUUUGUAUCAUUUCAUAAUCCAUUGCAGCAGUCUUAUUGGUAUGAACAAAUUCAUUCAGGUGCUUGAUAUUCUGGUUCGCUGCUGCGGUUUAGUCUUGUUGCUUGACAUUGAUUCAGGUUGUUGUUGUAAAUGACUCUGUAGUGUUGAAUGUGGCUUCCGUAUGACUACAUACGAACUCUGCCUUUUUCAUUUGCCUAUGCUGCCUGCUUGUAUGCUGCAAUUCAUUGUGAUUCUGUAAUAAAUGGUUUUCUUAUUUGAAUAGAGCCUUGCAAUCAAUCAGAAAGUCGUGAACUUAUUGUGCUUGUUUGUUUAGUUUUGCUUCAAUCGGGCCGAUUGUUACCAGUGUCCAAGGCUAGCGUAAUAUUUAUGGGACCUUGUUGACUGGAAGAUUAUGAUGCAAAAUGGUUUCUAUUACUUGAUUCUGUAACCGACCAUCCUAGGUAUACUAGUGCUGAUUGUUGAAAGAAGGUUUGUCAGAGUGUAAUUUUUAGUUACUGCUGCGGAUGCUUUUGUUGCCUGCAUCCAAAUCAUCCAUCCAGCUAUAAUGCAUAUGAUGUAUUUGUGGUUGCGACAUGAGGAUCAUCUAUAAAGUAUAAACUGGAAAAGAAGAAAAUGCCAGUUUGCCAAAUGCCCUCUUCUGUGCUUGUAUCUCCAGGUGCCUGAUGCUCUCUUCCAUUACCGUUACCCUUCCUUCUUCUCCUUCUCUUUCUACUUAAGUUGAUUAAAAAGAGUAAAAAAGACAUUUCUUCUUACUAGUAUACGUUGUAUGUUUCAAUAAAAAGUUCUUUUAUUUGAAUUCUCUACUACCAGAGAUGAAGACAAGGCAAGGUGGGAUGGCAUGCUCUGACAGGGAAAGGUAUCAUCAAGUAAGUAUUGGUCACUUCCGUCAAACAAAUUAUGGUAUGUUUAUGUUCUUUAAUGUUCCCAUACUUCAUUUUUCCGUUGGUCUUUCUAUGUUUCUGAAAGAAACUAGCCUUCUGAGUUUCAAUAGCCUUGACAGUUAUGGAUUCUUCACUGUCCAACAUUGUUGCAUUAUUUGGUAGUUUCCUUUCUUUUGCAAAAUGAGGCUUCAAAUGUAUGGAAUAAUUCCCUUCGAUUGGGGGCUCUUUGCAGGGAAGAUUGCUAGCUUAAGCAGAGGUGUGCUUCAGGUGUUUGGGUACAGGGUUUCUCAUUGGACAACCAUAAAUGAGCCAAACAUAUUAGCGCAGAGUAGCUACGAUCAAGGAAUAAACCGACCACAUCACUGCUCGCCCCCAUUUGGGACUGCAACAUGUGAUCGUGACAAUUCCACUACAGAACCUUACCUGGUUCUCCACAAUAUCCUCCUGGCACACGUCUCAACCGUUGCGUUGUAUAGAAAAAAUUAUCAGGUUGGUCAACCUUCAGUUUUCUACAGGCUUUCCAGCGUCAUCUCAUGUACUCGUGUAUUAUUUAGUGAUGCUCAAGAAGAACUGUAGAUUCUCUGGUUUGCAGUACACGGUAAUCUAAUGUAGUUUAAGUCUAAUAAUAAGAUUAAAAUGGUCCAAAAUUUCUUGGUACUUGAGAACAAUAUUACUCAGCCGUAUUUGCAGGGUAAGCAACAUGGGCUGAUCGGGGUUGCACUCAAUGCUUUUAGUUUUGUUCCUUAGAAUCCUAACACUAACUUGACAGAAAUGUAGAGGCGGCACAGUGAGCCAAAGCAUUCUACUGGGUCGGUGAAUCGUGCGAUUGACGUCACAGUCUGUGCAAUCUUAGCACAAAUUCAGGAAAACUGAAUUCCAAACUGUGUAAUUGUUGUGUGCAGGGCUGCAGAUCCGCUGGUAUAUAGAGACUACGCACAGAUCAGGAAAAGGAAUAUAGGGGCCAGACUACCAAGAUUCACAACUGAAAGAAUCAGAACUUUUGAAGGGAGCUUUCGAUUUCCUUGGACUCAUACCUAGCCUCACUUCCUUCAACUGAAGAUGCAGGUGAGUGUGAAAGACAGCUCCAAUAGCCUCACGUUGGAGGAGCUCGGGGACUUUAUGCGGCGCACAAAUAAUGACAGGUUACAGGUAUAGUAUAUUCUUGACUCGCUCACUUUACCCAUCAAAAUCCUGGAUUAUUUCUUCCUUCUGUUAAUGAAUUUAUUGGGGUUCUGUGACAAAGACUAAAUGGUUUUUGCUUGCUCUUCUUCGUUGCUUCAUUCCAUCUUGAAAGAUCCUGACAGUUACUUCAUUGGGGGUAAGAACUUACAACUCUUGUUAUUACGAAACCCCCGCCCGUAGCUACUUUGAUUUGUCCUUCGAUAGUAAGCAAUGAUGCACAGCGUCGACUGGCUUUGAUUAUUCAGUUCCCUGUUAGACAUUGGGCUCUGCAAGAAACCUUGGAGGCUUAGAAGCAGCUUUGUGGAAACCCGCCCAUCUACGUCCAUGAAAAUGGUUGGAUGUGUCAUGUUACUAGAAUUGGUUACUGUCCUUCCUUGCCUGCUUUCUGUGGUAGGCUGGAGCGUACUUGAAUAAAAUUUGGGGCGUGGUCUGGGGCAAAUGCAGGUCAAGUCAACAAUCGCAACCCUGGGUUUGAUAGAGUAUCUGCAUGUCUACAUUGAUGCUGCUUGUUUGUACCCUUUGAGAGCGAGGCAGGAGAGGCUGAGGCAUGCAAGACGAGUGGAGGCGCACAAUCUCAAGGACAAAGUUGCUAUGAAGUGGUGGAGAUUGCUGCAAGAUUUCUUUUCAUUAUUUAUCGUUCUAAGACUUAUUUAGUUUAUUUCGUAUUAUGAUAUAUUAGGAUUCUUUGGGGAUUUGAUUACCUCAAAGUAGUUGGAUGCAGACGAAUAAUAAUGAGGUAAAUUUGAGUAGUUGUAGAAGGGGUUUUUUCCCCCGGUGGAAGUUGUAAAAGGUAUUUUAGUAUUAUAAAGAAAAUGAUAUUAGGUUAGAAAUAAUAACAAUAGUAAUUUUCUUAUAUCCUUCCAAAAUCCAAAGCAAACCUCUUGUUUCAUUUUUAUCGACUCGCCCGUUCGUUGUUCGUUGGCUGAAAGAGUUUGAUAUUUUUACAUGAAUGUAUUCAACUUUAAAGUAUAUGUGUUAUCACUAUUAUGUGAGUAAUUCAUUUCCAAAAACUUAGUUUGGAUCCUUUAAGUUUAUUUAUUUAUUUGGAAAGUUGAUCAUGAAUAAUUAAGGAAAAUAUUUGGAAUACUUUAUUGAUGGAGUUAGAAAAUAUCAAACAACGUAUAGAAAACAUGUUAAAUAGAAUACAUGUAUACCU